AUGACAUCUUCCAAUUCAAGUCUUGGUGGGAAAGAGAAUCCAAUAGUGUUCUUUGAUGUGUCUAAACCAUUGGGAAGAGUGAAGUUCUUGCUUUAUGCUGAUAGGCUACCCAAAACAUGUGAAAACUUUAGACAGUUUUGCACUGGAGAGCAUAGGUCAGCUCAGAACAAGCCAAUUGGAUACAAAAACAGUACAUUCCACAGAGUGAUCAAAGGAUUCAUGAUACAAGGUGGUGAUUUCAUAAGUCAUAAUGGUCUCGGGUCAUAUUCAAUUUAUGGUUCAAAGCAAUUUGAAGAUGAAGGGUUCUACCACAACCAUGAGAAAUACAGUCUCAGCAUGGCCAAUUCAGGACCAAACACAAAUGGAUGUCAAUUCUUUAUAACACUGGACAGCCAACCGCAUUUAGACGGGAAACAUGUUGUAUUUGGGACUGUGAUUGAAGGACACGAUAUAGUCAAUCAGAUUGAAAGAGUCAGUGUCGAGGAAAACGACAGGCCAAAAGUCCCUGUUAAAAUUACAAAUUGUGGUGAAAUGUGA